UUGCUGCUGUCAGCUGCGCCGGAAGUUCCUGCCCCGGCCCGGCCUGGCGGUAACCUUGGGGUCUUCGCCGCCCGAGCAGCCACGGCCGCCGCGGGGGUGGGCUUUGCUAGUCCAAGCCUCAGCCGGGGCCAGGUCUGUUAGGUGCCAGGAACCGCCGGGUUGUGCAGGAGUUCGCUGAGGUUCCCGGGGAGUAGGAACCGCGGGCGCAAGGCCGACGAGCCGACAUGUCUCUAGUGGCAGAAGCCUUCGUCUCGCAGAUCGCAGUGAGCCAACAAACUGCUUUCUUCGUGGUCAGAAAAGGUGAUUUCACUAGAAUAGAGGAGGACUCUUCUUUGUUCAAGGCUGCAGAACCUUGGCCUGAAAAUGCUACAUUAUAUCAGCAGCUGAAAGGGGAGCAAAUUUUGCUUUCUGACAAUGCAGCUUCUCUUGCUGUGCAGGCCUUUUUGCAGAUGUGUAAUCUGCCUGUCAAAGUGGUUUGCAGGGCAAAUGCAGAAUAUAUGUCUCCAUCUGGUAAAGUACCUUUUAUUCACGUAGGAAAUCAAGUAGUAUCGGAACUUGGUCCAAUAGUACAAUUCGUUAAAGCCAAGGGCCAUUCUCUUAGUGAUGGGCUGGAUGAAGUCCAAAAAGCAGAAAUGAAAGCCUACAUGGAAUUAGUCAACAAUAUGCUGUUGACUGCAGAGUUGUAUCUUCAGUGGUGUGAUGAAGCUACUGUAGGGGAGAUCACUCAUGCUAGGUAUGGAUCUCCUUACCCUUGGCCUCUGAAUCAUAUUUUGGCCUAUCAGAAACAGUGGGAAGUCAAACGUAAGAUGAAAGCUAUUGGAUGGGGUAACAAGACUCUGGACCAGGUCUUAGAAGAUGUAGACCAGUGCUGUCAAGCUCUUUCUCAAAGACUGGGAACACAACCGUAUUUCUUCAAUAAGCAGCCUACUGAACUAGAUGCACUGGUAUUUGGCCAUCUGUACACUAUUCUUACCACACAGUUGACCAAUGAUGAACUUUCUGAGAAGGUGAAAAACUAUAGCAACCUCCUUGCUUUCUGUAGAAGAAUCGAACAACACUAUUUUGGUAAAGUCAGCUCAUCCAUCAAAUUGUCUUAGAGUUAUGUGUUAAUUUAGUUAUUAUUUUUAAAAAGUUUAACUUUUGAAAUAUAUGUUACUUGAAUGGUGUAAUAGAUAAUGGUAUCAGAAUUUUAAAACCAAAAAUACUGCUUUUCAAAACCUCAAAACAAAUUACAUAAUGUAUCAUAUAUGUGUACCUUAUACUGCUAUUUGUGUAUAAUUAAAAUAAUUUUGAAUGAUUUCAUUUGAUAUGUUAUACUCUAUAUCUUGAAAUUUUUGGUUUAUUUGACACAUGUAUGCAUAUCAAAAUAAAGCUCAAACAACUGU